AUGGAAACAACAAGAAAUACGAGACAAAAUUUCUUAUGCCACAGCGAAGUUGGCAAAGAUCCACGAAGCUUUAGACGGCAGGAGGUGAGGUUUUGUGACGAAAGAAUCAGCAGGAAUCAAGGAAUUAAAAACUUUGAUAUCAAACGUUCUCUAUUGUUCAGUCUUCAUGACAAUGCGUUGAAAAUAAUUAGUGUUUUUGACAGAAAACAAAUUAUUGAAACGAUAAAUGAUGCGUGGCAUGGCAAGAAACACAUUUCGAUAACUUUUCUCACCCUACAGACUCUUAGGGAAAUUUUUCACCGUUUGUCGUGGAUGAUAUUGCAAGAAAAUUCAAAACCAAAAGGAAAUCUCUACUUUGACACUGAAUCAACCGCGUCUUUAAGAGAAAAGCAAGAAUUAUUGAUGAGUCAUUGA